AUUUUACUAUAAAAAUUCAACAAAAAGUAUGUUGCGUUUAAUUCUUGAAGUUUAUUUUGAAGUGAUUGGAACAAAAUAAGGAACAAAAAUAAUGAAAUCUUUAAUAAUUUUUGCAGUGUUUGUGGCAUCGAUUUUAUCGAACCCAAUCGCAGUAAAUGACAGAAAUCAUGAAGCCAAUUUGAGAAGAAUUUUAGAAAACCAAAGAUACAACUUCCCAUGUGGAUGGCCAAAUGCUGGUCAAAACGGAGUUCCACCAAUCGAUCCUUUGUUUAUUGAACAAGUUGUUAUUGUUCAAGACUCAAUUGCUUCAUCCCUUACUUCAACUAUUUCAAAUAUUUUCGUCCGAAACCUCCGUACUUUUGUGAUUGAGGCAUUAGAAAUAAAUUCAGCUGCUAGAACUCUUCGCUACAGAAUUAACAUUCCUCUUUUGACUCUUGAUGCAAGACAUGAAACUCGUGGAAGAAUGAUUGGAAUUCCAGUUGUCAGUGGAAGUGGACCAAUGACGUCACGAGCAACAAAUGCUUUCAUUGAGGGUGUCAUAUCCUGGAUUGAACAGCCAGAUUCUGGCUUCAUUCAUUUUGAUGACCAAAUUGCAAACUUUAAUUCACAAAAUGUUGUUGUACAAAUGGAUGGAUUCGGACUCUUAACAGGAACCAUUAAUCGACAAAUCAAUGACAUGAUCCCAGAAGUCAUCAACGAUCCUGCAAUGCAAGCACAAUUCAAUCAAAUUCUCAAUGACAUCAUGUUGCCAAUGUUAAAUGAAUUUACAUAUCAAAUGACACCUGCACAAGCUGGCGAGUUUCUUGCACAUUAUGCUGAGAAUUUGCCACCAGCAAAUUGCUAAACAUCAUCAGUAUGAAAACUUAAAAUUGGCAAAAAUGUACAAAUAUUUUUUAAGGCAAAUAAAAUCUUUUGUUAUUUAAAGCA